GUGCCGAGCCUCGUUGGAUCCACCGGGCUCCUGGUGUCAGAAGCCCCAGCUCCAGCUCCGCCGCCGCACAUGGCGCAGCGGUUCGUCCUCCCCGUCCGGACCGAAUCUGAGGAUUUUAGCUGAGAAGCUGCCGCAGACAUGAAGUUUCUCUCCGGAGGCGCAGCGGCGCUGAUGCUGCUGCUGCUCGGACGCUGCUGCUGCACCAGUCCCGACCGGAAAGUUUGUCAGGGGAUGAGCAAUCAGCUGACGUUGUUGGGGACACGUGAAAAUCACUAUGACAACAUGGUGAAGAUGUAUUCCCACUGCUCUGUGGUCCUGGAGAACCUGGAGGUCACCUACACCCUGGAGCACCAGGACCUGUCCUUCCUCCAGUCCAUCGAAGAAGUCGGGGGCCACGUUCUGAUCGCCAUGAAUGAGGCAGCAACCAUCCCCCUGGUUAACCUGAGGCUGAUCAGAGGUCAGAUCCUUUAUGAAGGCCACUACUCUCUGCUGGUGAUCUCCAACUACAACAGGAAUAGCUCAUCUGCUACACUCAACUACACCAGCGGCCUGAGACAACUGCAGCUCAGCAACCUAACAGAGAUCCUGAAAGGAGGCGUAAAGAUCAGCCACAAUCCUUUGCUGUGUAACAUCGAUAGCAUCCAGUGGUGGGACAUCCUGGACAACGCCAGCGACCCCAAAAUCCUCUACAGGCCGGACUCCUUUCCACAUAAAUGUGACAGGUGUGACCCGGCUUGUGAUCAUGGUUCGUGUUGGGCAGCGGGACCGGAUCACUGUCAGAAAUUGACCAAGCUGCCGUGUGCCAGCCAGUGCAGCAGAAGGUGUCUGGGUCCGAAACCCAGUGACUGCUGUAAUCAACACUGUGCUGCUGGCUGCACGGGACCACAGGACACCGACUGUCUGGCCUGCAGGGAUUUUAACGAUAACGGAACAUGUAAAGAUAUGUGUCCUCCUUUGGAAAUCUACGACCAGAAGACCUACGAGGUGGUCGAGAACCCCGAUGCCAAGUUCACGUUUGGGUCCACCUGCGUCAAGGCCUGUCCGCAUAACUACGUGGUGACGGGCGGCUCGUGUGUGCGGACGUGCGGCUCACAAAUGUACGAGGUGGAGGAGAAGGGAGUCCAGCGCUGCAGAGCGUGUGACGGCCCCUGUCCUAAAGCCUGCAAUGGGAUCGGAGUCGGCACUCUGAUCAACACAUUGGCAGUGAACACCUCCAACAUCGAAUCCUUCAGGAACUGCACUAAAAUCAAUGGCGACCUCUACUUCCUGGCAACCUCCUUCACCGGGGACGCGCACUAUAAGGUUCCACCCAUGGACCCGAGCAAGCUGGAGUACUUCAGGACUGUGAGGGAAAUCACCGGGUUUCUGCUGAUCCAGGCCUGGCCACAAAACAUGAGCUCUCUGUCGGUGUUUGAGAACCUGGAGAUCAUCAGAGGAAGAACGACGCGCUCAGGGUUCAGUCUGGUGGUGGUGAAAGCAGAGCACCUGCGCUGGCUGGGGCUGCGCUCUCUGAAGGAAAUCAGUGCUGGGAAGGUGAUGCUGAGGGACAACACCCAGCUCUGCUACAAUAGACCUGAGCAGUGGACUCACCUGUUCAAAUCCAGCCUCCAAAGCAUGAGCGCCUUCAAUAACGCGCCUCCUGAAACCUGCGAACAACAGAACCAGACCUGUGACUCGGAGUGUACGGCUGACGGCUGCUGGGGUCCAGGUCCCGGCAUGUGCGUGGCCUGUGCCCACGCCACGCGUCGGGGGAGCUGCGUGGCCUCCUGCAUCCAGGGAGAGGUUGAGGUGAACAGCAGCUGUGUCGAGUGCCACCCCCAGUGUCUGCAGCGCGAAGGGAGCCCCCCCUGCCACGGGCCGGGUCCAGACCACUGUUACCAGUGUGCCAACUUUAAAGAUGGCCCCCACUGCGUGUUGCACUGCCCUCAAGGCGUAGUGGGAGAUGGAAACGCGUUGAUCUGGAAAUACCCGGACCAGACAGGCCAGUGCCAGACCUGCCACCAGAACUGCAAGCAGGGGUGUUUUGGUCCUGGCCCUUCUAAAUGUAAAGGUGAUUCUAACCCCCCCACCCUGGCAGCCAGUGUGGUUGGGGGGCUCCUGGUGGCCGUGGUCUUGGCGGUGCUCGUCUCCGUGUUGAUACGACGCCGGCGGAUUAAGAGGAGGAGGACAGUGCGGCGCCUCCUGCAGGAGAGAGAGCUGGUGGAGCCGCUGGCUCCGAGCGGCCAGGCUCCGAACCAGGUGUUGCUCCGAGUUCUAAAGGAGUCCGAGUUUAAGAAAAUCAGGGUUCUUGGCUCUGGAGCGUUCGGGACCGUUUUCAAGGGAAUGUGGACCCCUGAAGGAGAAGAUGUGAAGAUCCCAGUAGCUAUCAAAGUCCUGAGAGAAGCCACGCUACCCAAGGCCAACCAGGAAAUCCUCAACGAGGCGUAUGUGAUGGCCAGCGUGGAACACCCUCACGUGUGUCGUCUCCUGGGAGUCUGCCUCACGUCGUCGGUCCAGCUGGUGACUCAGCUGAUGCCGUUCGGCUGCUUGUUGGACUACGUCCGACACCACAGGGAGAACAUCGGGGCCCAGUGGCUGCUAAACUGGUGUGUCCAGAUUGCCAAGGGGAUGAACUACCUGGAGGAGCAUCACCUGGUGCAUCGAGACCUGGCAGCGAGAAACGUCCUGGUGAAAAAUCCAAACCACGUCAAGAUCACAGACUUUGGCCUGGCCAAGCUGCUCACGACCGAUGAGAAGGAAUACCACUCUGACGGAGGCAAAGUUCCCAUCAAGUGGAUGGCACUGGAAUCGAUCCUGCAGUGGACCUACACACAUCAGAGCGAUGUCUGGAGCUACGGCGUUACAGUGUGGGAGCUGAUGACAUUUGGCUCCAAGCCAUAUGACUCCAUCCCAGCCAGCGAGAUCGCCUCGGUCCUGGAGAAAGGAGAGCGCCUGCCUCAGCCGCCCAUCUGCACCAUUGAUGUCUACAUGAUCAUGGUCAAAUGUUGGAUGAUUGACCCGUCCAGCCGGAUCAGGUUCAAGGAGCUGGUAGCGGAGUUCUCCAGAAUGGCCAGAGAUCCGUCUCGGUACCUGGUCAUACAGGGGAACCUCCCCAGUCCGUCCGACAGCAGGUUCUACUCCCGCCUGCUGAGCUCAGACGACAUGGACGAAGUGGUGGAUGCUGAAGAAUACCUGCUGCCGUACAAAGGACGGGGGAACCACGAGCUCCGGCCCUGCAACGCCGCGAACGGCCAACCAGCCACAGAGAACAACGUGAGCCUGCGCUACAUCACCGACCCAACCCACAACAUGCUGGAGAAACAGCUCGGCGCUCAUGAGUACAUGAACCAGAGUCUGAGCGAAACCAGCCGGAGCAGAAGGCUGUCAGAGGUUCUGAAUCCCAACUACGAGGACCUGAGCCAGGGAUGGGGAGCCGCCUCCCUCCCCUCCCCGCCUGUGAAGCUGAGGCCCCGAGGCCAAGCACCUGAAGGACCAGAAUACAUGAACACGGCCCACAGCUGGCUCCCAGCGGCUGCCGGCGGCUGCCUCCACAACCCAGACUACCAGGCCGAGGCCCCCGGCCGGGCGUCUGGGGCCGACGUGUUCCUCCCAGCAGCAGAGAACCUGGAGUACCUGGGUGUGGGUCCGCUGCUCUACAACCCUGGACGCUAGCUCGCCUCAGGCUCAGACUCAGGCUCAGACUACACGUGGCAGUACUGAAAGCAGCUUUUUACUGUGUGCCACGUCAACGGAGACGCUCCGGCUGUAGCUACACUGGAUUUAAACCUGCACACCGAGUGUUGCUCAGUGAGUCCCAGACGCCCCCUUUGUUCUCGCACACCAACCAGCCGGCUGCAUGGACACUGAGCAGCUUCUCAACAAAACAAACGAGUGAUCGUCUGUUUUUAGAUUUACUAACACAGUUACACAACAUAAUCAUGAUGUUUUAACUGUACACACACUCAUUUUAAAAUACACAGGUGUUUUUUGCCUAAAGUGAAUGUUUUGUAUUUCACAUGAAAGGGUCAGAGGACAGUACUGCCCCCCGGUGGUGGGGCUGCGGCUCUACAGCACAAAUGAAGUAAAAAAAACGUAUGCACGACGAUGUUUAAUUAGUGCAGUGACAAUCAUGAAUCAUUGAUCAUGUUUGGAUCUUUCUGAUUGGCUCAUUUUAAAAAAGCACUGAAAGCUAUUGAAUCUAAACCCCUUUCGAUGUAGUUAGUCCUAAAGUGCGGUGGUGUCGUCCGUUGUGUUUAAAUGCUACACUGGCUUGAAGCGUUUUUACUACUAAUAAUUUAUUGUGGUCAAACUCUAAGUUUCUUUUGUCAGGUCAGAGCUUGUGUGAACUGAUUAAGCUUUGGAACCUCUUUCACUGUACAAGCUGGAUGGUGAGGAGCUUCAGGCCACAGGUUCCGUCUGAUGAACAUUUGUCAUGUCAUGUAGGAAGGAAGCGCCGUCUGCCCAAAGGCACUGGAAUAAUGUGUGUUUCUAGUUCAGCCGCUUCUUGAUGUUUUGUUUCUUGUGCGUAAAAGCUUUUACUCUUUGACAAGAAUAAGCUGAACUGUGGUCAAGCAGGUUGGAGGACACUUUUAACUGUUGCACCAGUAGGUCAAUAGGUCAGCUCAGUCUGGAGCGGUUUGGUUCUGACUCUGAUUGUUUGGGUUUGAGGCUGCUAAAGUUGACUCCAGCUAUUUCUGCCUUCUACAGAUGCUUUUCGUGUUUGUUAAAGUGAUGCUCUGCAAAAAAAUAUUAAUUCAACCCCACUUCAGUAAAACAGGCUCCAGCUGUGCAAUAAAACACCUGUCCCCUUGGAGAGUUGCAGUCUAAUCACCCUGCACGCUGGCCAGUGGUGCCGUCUGGCUCGAGAAGCAUUUAUAAACAGUAGGACUCACCUGUGUUCGCCCUGACACAGGAGGCUGAAGGCUCGCGCUCUGGUUGGGAGAUGCUGAAAUGCACUGACUAAUGAGAACAGAUGUUGAGCCAGACGCAGCGUCCAAUUACAUCACCAGCUGACCUGACACCUAAUGUGACCAGUAACCAGUGUGAUCACUGUGACACAAUGGAAAAUCAUCCAAUCAACCCAGAGAACCAGAGUCGGAGAACACAACGUCCUCCCUCCACAGAACUGAUGAGUUACACUGAUUGUAAAUGUUUUAUUGUGCAGUUAUUUAGCUCAAGUAUGUUUAAAUGUGAAAACACUGAUGAAGUAACAAAGAGCACAGCUGACCGGCUACUGGUUGGAAAAUAUUACAGCUACUACUUCAAAUAAUAAUAAUAAUAAACUAUCUGUGAUCAUGUGUAAAACUCAUCUAAGGUACAACUUCAGUCUUUGGGUUUUCAGUAUCAAACUGCUUCUGUGAACAGACACUGAUGCUCCUUAUGGUUAUUAUGAUGCGGUGGCCUGUUCGCCUCCACACCUCUUCCUGCAGAUUCAGAUCUUCCUCAGUGUGUUUCUAUGUCUUUAUUCUUGUGUUUAACGGUGUGAUCGCUUUGUGUUGUACAGCAUGUUGACCAAUAUGUUCUUUUUAUACACGGCUAUAAAUAAAGUGACUUUUUUCA